UUGGAAAUCCAUAUUAACAAGAAUGGAAGAAGCUGGAAGGAUAAAAAGGAAGACCAAGUAGAUGAGCUUGGAUUGAGUUAAUGACAUUAUCCAAAGCAGUCCUUCACUACAGUGGCUGAUACCCCAGAAAAUCUUCGCCUGAAGCAACAAAGUGAAUUGCAAAGUCAGGUAAAAUACAAAAGAGACUUUGAAGAAAGCAAAGGAAGAGGGUUCAGUAUUGUGACCGAUACGCCCGAGUUACAAAGACUGAAAAGGACUCAGGAACAAAUCAGUAAUGUAUGUGACUGCAACCUAAAGUGAUUGUAGAUGGAGAAAUAGUGUGUCUAAGAAAAGGUGUGUUUGUUGGUGUUUUCAAUGAAGUCUGUGUGAGUGAGCAGUCUGAUUUUGGUGAUUGAUUUGUGUAUGUCAAAUUUUGAAAUGUGUGUAACUGUGUACCACGGACUUGUACAGCACAUUGGCAAUGUGUGUUCACCUCUCCAACUUUCAGCUAGUAUGCUCAAAGUAUUUUAUUUAUUAAAGUGAUUUGACACUUUUUGCUCUUUUGUCAUCAAGUAAGGAUACUUUUGGAACCUUUAAAUUUACUUUUUAUUUAUAUAAAGUGUAUAGAUUGUGUAAGUUAAAAAGUUUUGUCUCUUUUUUAGCAGGGGCUGUCAAAAUUAACAAAACAAACGAGGGAAUUUUCUAGAAGCAGAUAAAAUUUUGAUGCUGAAUUUUAAAAGAAAAGAUGUGGAAGACAAUGCUCUGCAAGAUGACAAAGAAAUGGCAAAUAGUAAAACAACGUAUUUCAUUAGCUUACAGGAAUGGGUUUUUUAAAAACGGGACUUUUCCUGACUUAUAUUUUUGCUAAGAAAGUUAUUUAUUUGUACUUCAUUCUCUUGUAGAAUGUUUAACUUAUUUCAUGAUGGAAUAUUGAGUGAUACAUAGUGCAAGUUCUGAUAUGUAUGAAAUAGGUAAGAGCUAGUAUGAACUAGAGAAGAUGCAGAAUCAAUACUAUUCACUUGACUUGGCUUCCCUUCUGAUCGUUCUUCUGCUGCAUGAACUUGUCCCUACAGAUUAUUUUUGUGAAAAUAUUUUUGAAUCAUUCUCUGUGGUAGUAGAAUAACAGCAAGGCAUCAGAGACACUCAGUGUAAGUAUGAUCAGGAAAAAAUGAUGGGAUUUAUUUACUUGAAAGAAAAAAGCAUUUUUUCAGGUUGGGAUAUUAUUGAAGAAAAAAGUAAUUGGAAAAUACUUACUUUUCACAGCAGUGGAGGUUUACCAUUCUUGCCAAAGCAUUCACUAGUUAAGAUUUUGAUGUCCAGAGCCAGUCUUUGAGAUGAAAAAUUUGGGCUCAUUUCCUGGAGCCUUGGCCAAUGGAGACGACAGUUAAUUUAAGAGCUGCGCAACUGCUCCUGUGGGUAGACAAGAUGAGAACAAAAGCUCAUCUCAUGCUCAUACUGGGGCUAACUGAAAUUACUGGCUGGUAGGAGAGAAAAAUGUAUUCUUUGGAGUGGCGAAAAGCAUGGCCAUUAAGACUUCCAUUUGGGAUCUGGGAAACUUCAGCGACUCCCUGGUUUUAAUCAGCUGCAUUUUUUAUUCAGUCCAGGAAGUUAAAUUAGGUCCUCUCACGACCUACAUAACUUCCUCAAGCAAGACUGAUUCCUUUCUGUGGGGUAGCUCUGGAAGGCAUCAAGGAGAUGAAACGAGCAAGGUUCUGGUGAAUACUUAAUCCCUCGCACGGGUCUGCUCUCCAAGGAGAGACUGAGAGGAGUGCCCUGCAGCAGGCCUCGGGUGCUCUGUUUGGGGUAUUGGUCUGCCAAGAAAUUUAUUCAGACCUCCCAAGCCCAGUACCCUCAGCAUCAGACUACAGAAUAGUAGGACACAGCUCACUUGCAUGCUCUUAUCUCCUCUUGUUCAAAGCACAUUGCUUUUUCUGUUGUGGGAAAAGGAGAUGAUAAAAACAAGUAGUUUUGUGACAUGGGAAAGAGCUUUUCCUCCCAUCUCUGCUUUUGUGUGGAUCAAGGGAGUUUCUGUUCUAAUGGAAUAUCUUGUUCCAUGAUGGAUGAUACUAUCUGGUUCCUGAACCAAAGAUAUGUACCUGCCUUUUCAGAUCCAGAAAUAGCUUUUUAAAAAAGGAAAAGUGGUUUUAUUUCAGGUUUUUACCCUUGUUCAUUGCCUGUAUGACUGCUUUCUCUUCAUUUCUAAACACACUAUUCUUAACAAUAUAGAUUUGAUCUAUCCAGUAGAGUGUUGUUUACUUUUGCGUUUGUAGCUGACAGAGAUUCCAAGUCAGGGACCCUAUUAGAAAUAAUUAGUCUUGAAGAGUAAAAUGGAAUUUUAAAAGGUGCAUGAUAAAAGAAGCUACAUUUAUUUUCUGUUUACACUGAAAUAAUUAAUUUAUAACGUUAUAUCCUUGAAAGAUAAUUCUGCAUAGGCCACAACUUCAAUUUAAUUAGAAAGCUCCCGUAUUAUAGAAAUGCCUUCCACACACAGUAGUUUCUGUAUUUGUCAGAUAAGCAGUAUACAUCAUGGACUAAGGAUCAAAUUAAGAUUUCAAGACUCUGAAAGUUUAGUUUUGAUUUCACCUUGAAGUGCUAGAAACUCCUCAAAGAGCCUAUUUGAACCAAAAUUGUAACUACUUCGUUGAAGGGUGAAGGAGAAGAAUAGGGAACAAGAAAAAUUGACAGCAGUGUCGGUGUCUGCAUUUCACAAAACCAGCCCUGGCACAUCAACGGGGAGACUGGAGUUGUUCAAGAAAUAAGGAGGUAUUGGAAUUCUCCAGUAUGGAGGAUAUGGAUAUGUGGCCCUUAUUUAAAUGAAGAACUUAGCAGACAUUAGUCAUGCUAAUACAGCUUUCUGUUACAAUCCAGAGAACAUUUCUGAGCCUUGAAUGGUGAAUUUUUGAAGAGGUGGCUGAGAUGCAAAGGUAAAAAUCUGCCUCCGGCAUGAAACUGGAGUUUUUCAGUACACCAAGAGAACUUUGAAGUAAGACUUUCAGUUUUGGACAUUUCUGCAACAUCAAAAGGCUUUAUGGCAUCCAAGCCCCUGCUUUGUAGGGGAGAUGAUCAGCACAUCAGUGAACUGCUUCUCAUGGCUGCAGGGUGUAUAGAGCUGUACAGAAGUAAACACUGACACUGCUGCCAUGAACAUCAGGAUAUCUUUCAGUUUCGUUGCGGCUGGAGUCAUACUGAAAAAGUGGCUUCAUACUGAAAAAGUAUUAAAAUGCGAGUGUCUGCCAUUCAGGAUCUCAGGGAGGAUGAAAAUGAGGAUUGGGAGGAAGAAGAAAAGAGCUUCCUCAAGCCUGUUAUUGAGGACAGAAAUAUGGAACUGGCCCGAAAAUGCAGUGAAUUAAUAAGUGAUAUACACUAUAAAGAAGAGUUUAAAAAAUCUAAAGGCAAGUGCAUAUUUGUACCUGACACCCCGCAGCUAAAACAUGUGAAAAGCCUUGGUGCUUUUAUUUCUGAGGUGAAAUAUAAAGGAGCUGCUAAGAAAGACCUUUCCAGCUCUCUCUAUCAGCAGAUGCCAGCCACAAUUGACAGUGUAUUUGCAAAGGAAUUAAUGCACCUUCAGAGCAAGGUACUCUAUAAACAAAAACAUGAUGCUGAGAAAGGAUUUUCAGACUAUGCACGUAUGAGGGAACCUCCAGAUGUUAAACAUGCCAUGGAAGUCAGUAAACACCAGAGUGAUGUAUCCUAUAAGAAGGAUGUGCAAGAUACUCAUAGGUACACUGAAGUGCUGAACAGACCAGACAUAAAGAAGGCAACUGAGAUAACAAAGAUAAUAAGUGAUGCAAAGUACAGGAAAGGAAGGGGAGAGCUGAAUAAGGAGUCUGCUGUGCUUGGAAGACCUGAUUUUGAACAUGCUAAAGGAGUUUCAAAACUUUUAAGCCAAGUAAAAUACAAAGAGAAGUUCAGUAAGGAGAUGAAGAGUCACCAGUACAAUCCUCUUGACAGUGCUUCCUUCAAGCAAGCACAGAUUGCAUCCUCCUUGGCAAGUGAUGUGAACUACAAGAAAGAUUUAGAAAGCCUACAUGAUCCAGCAUCUGAUCUACCAAAUCUGCUGCAUUUAAACCAUGCUUUAAAUAUCAGCAAAACACAGAGUGAUGUCAAGUACAAAGAAAAUUAUGAAAAAUCCAAAGGCAGAUCAAUGCUGGAGUUUGUGGAUACACCAAUGUAUCAAGUUUCAAAGGAGGCUCAAAAGAUGCAAAGUGAGAAAACGUACCGCAGAGAUUUUGAAGAAGGGAUCAAGGGAAAACCUUCACUGGACUUAGACAAGACCCCAGAGUUCCUGCAUAUAAAACAAGUCACUAAUCUUUUGAAAGAGAAAGAGUAUCGAAAAGAUUUGGAAGAAGGGAUGAAAGGGAAAGGAAUGACAGUGUUUGAAGAUACACCAGAUUUGAUUAGAGUGAAAAAUGCAGCUCAGAUACUAAAUGAGAGGCAAUACAAGAAAGACCUGGAAACUGAGAUUAAAGGGAAAGGCAUGGAAGUUGGUCCAGAUACACCCGAGAUAAGACGAGCCAAGAAAGCUUCUGAAAUUGCAAGCAUGAAAGAAUACAAGAAAGACUUGGAGAAUGAAAUCAAAGGAAAGGGAAUGGAAGUAGGUACAGAUACCCUUGAUAUACAACGAGCCAAAAAAGCUUCUGAAAUUUUCAGCCAGAAAAUGUACAAAGAUGAAGCAGAGAAGAUGCUCUGUAACUAUUCUGCUGUCCCAGACACUCCUGAGAUGGAGAGGAUAAGAAGUACUCAGAAAAACAUCAGUUCAGUAUUUUAUAAGAAGGAAGUAGGAGCUGGCACAGCUGUAAAAGAUACUCCAGAGAUUGAAAGAGUAAAGAAAAAUCAACAGAAUAUUAGUUCGAUUAAAUACAAGGAGGAAAUUCGGCGGGCAACAACCAUUUCUGAUCCACCUGAACUAAGGAGAGUUAAGGAAAACCAGAAGAAUAUCAGUAAUGUGCAAUACAAAGAACAGCUCUGCAAAGCUACACCCAUGAGUGUCACCCCUGAGAUGGAAAGAGUCAAGAGGAAUCAAGAGAAUGUCAGCAUGGUUCACUACAGAGAGCAGCCUGGCAAAGCUACUGCUGUGAGUGUCACUCCUGAGAUAGAGAGAGUCAGGAAGAAUCAAGAUAAUAUCAGCUCGGUCAAGUACAGCAGUGAUCAGAGGCAGAUGAAAGGUAGACGUAGUGUGCUUCUAGACACCCCUGAGCUAAGGCAUGUCAAAGAAACACAAAACAACAUCUCUAUGGUAAAAUAUCAUGAAGAUUUUGAGAAGACAAAGGGCAGAGGCUUCACCCCAGUGGUAGAUGAUCCUAUAACAGAGCGUGUACGAAAAAACACCCAGAUUGUGAGUGAUGCAGCGUACAAAGGCGUGCAUCCGCAUAUCGUUGAAAUGGAUAGAAGACCUGGAAUAAUUGUUGCCCCUGUUCUCCCUGGGGCAUAUCAACAAAGCCAGACUCAAGGAUAUGGAUACAUGCACCAGACCAGUAUGUCAUCCAUGAGGUCCAUGCAUUCACAGCCUCAUUCAGCAAGUCUGAGGACAUACAGAGCUAUGUAUGACUACAGCGCUCAAGAUGAAGAUGAAGUUUCCUUCAGGGAUGGUGAUUAUAUCAUCAAUGUUCAACCAAUUGAUGAUGGCUGGAUGUAUGGUACUGUUCAGAGAACUGGGAAAACAGGAAUGCUUCCAGCAAAUUAUAUUGAGUUUGUUAACUAAUUUUUGUCUCUUGUCCUUUGAGCUUUAUUAUGAUUUACUUAAAAUCUAACCUUUUAGAAAAAAAAUCAGAAGAAUCUUUUAAGAGUUCAUGAUCAUUACUUUAUCACUGCUGUAACAGUUUGCAUUCUCACUCAGAAUCCAUUUUAGAGUCCUUUAAAGAAAAGAUAAAUAAUCCACAAGAAGCUCAGAGCUUUGAAAACAGCAUUGCUUAUAAUAGUGCUCUCUCAAGGUGAAAAAUCAUAUAUGGAAGCCUGGUACUGCCAGUCCUAUAAAAACUUUGGUCAAUUAACUGUAAAGGGGUGUAAUGCCUUUUCCUUACGCCUCAAAGACGUUGUCACCAUAAAAUUGAUUCACUUCUUAUGGCACUCUGAAGUCACAGGAUGUUAACACACUGAGUUUGAACACAUCUUCAAAUUAUUAGGGAAACGUUUAAUGUUUAAGCAGUUAGCUUCCUAAUAAAAAUUAAUAUGUUGAGUAGAUAAUUCAGUCAUUUGAAAUAAAGAGAAGUAACAUGCCAGUAAAAAAAAAAAUCCAAUAAAACCCCCUACUGCCCAGCCAGCCUUACAGUAAAUAGGUCUAUUUUGACAACAAAAGUUUCCUGAAUCCUGCAUAUCCACAUUUAUUCUUGAAUUACCCAUUUUUUCUUAUUUCCAAGUGAUCUAUUAGAUUUGCUUCCAUCCUAAUCCAUCAAUUAGAUCCAGGUCUGGAUUCAUGGUUCUUCAGUAUCAUUUCCGCAGGAGAUUCCAUGCAAAGACUAUCUAAAAUAUAAAACCUGUCAGCUCUUCUGUUUCCUUGUAAUAAUACUUAACAUUUAGAUAGAAACUUUCAUUAGGGCAACGUACAACCAGUACUUCUCGUUAGCUCCUUGACCUUCGCCUGUAGUGCUGUAAAUAAAUACCCACGAGCGGCCCCGGCGCUGUGCAGUCCCCAGAGCCUGCAGUCACAUCCCCUUCUCACCACAGGUAACUCGCUUAAUGGCUGCUUUGCUGAUGAGCUGAUGUCCCUCCCCUGCUGCAGAAACACUUGUGCCUCCAUCGAGCAGUGGAGGAGAGCUCUGGUUCUUGUAGUGCGUUUCGGAUCAAUGGCCUGUUGCUUCAGUUUGCUCCCAGAUUCUUGGCGAUCCAGCAGUGGGUUGUACGCUUGCCAAAUGAUUCAUGAUGGAGAAGAAUUCUGUUUUCUUUUAGUGACUUCAUCUUCCUCAUUACUGACAUCGAAGGGAAAGCUAACUAAGUAAAAUCCAACAUGCCCUAUGCCAUUAUGUUUCAGUUUAGCCAUCUGUGGAAAACAGUAAGAAUAUUCUGCUGACAAACCUUCACUUGUGCUUUUUGGUGUCUCUUAACUUACAGCCAGAACUGAGAGAUCCAGGUCUCAGUCUGUGAAGCUGGGAGAGGAUCUAACAGCUGGUGACACAGUGGCUCUGUAUGAGGGAUUUUGUCAGCAGGCUUGGGUCACAGGCAACUUGUUUUUGCUUUGACUGGGUGCUGCAUUCCCUCACAGGGAGAAAUCAUGGAAGGAAGGAAAAAAGAGUUAAAGAUUCAUAUGAGAAAUUAUUUAUGUGGAUGCAGAAAUGUGUAAGGAAGAAAAUGUUUUCUGAUAAAAUAAUUUGUGGAGUUCAGCCACGUGCUAAGGAAGUUAACUUUGGAGUAGCCCUCAGAAUAUUGAGUCUGCACUGGCUUUCUUUCAUUUCUAAAAUUUUAAAGUAGAAUUAUAUAUAGAACUUUUAGACAAUUUUGUACUUCUCAUCUCACAAAGCAGGAAACCCUGCAAUAACUAUUUAAAAAUUAAAUAAGGAAGGCAGUAUGGAUUUGUUAUGUCAACUGAAAGUUGUCAGUGCAAAUCCCUGUAAAUUGUAUUUUUGCAUACAGUUUUUGCAUACAAUUUCCGAAGAAUUGGUAAGCUUAUGCAAUUUUAUUUUGGGUCUUGCUAUACCAGCUGCCAAGCAGAAUGGAGUGACUGCAUUAAAAAAGAAAUUUAAAAAUGUCCAUGACUGUGGAAUUACCUGUACUUUCUUGUCAGCAGCCUAAUUUCAAGGCUAAAGCUGCCCAGGAGUAUCCAGCUUCAAAAAAUGUGUUUUAAAAGUAUAAUUCCAUGACUGUAAAUAUGUAAUUUGUAUAGUUGACUGCUGUGAUUUAAAAUUCUUGCAAGUUUUGCAUAAGGAGCUGCUCUUGCAGCAGACCCUUGUGCAUUACUGGUGAUACCCAUAUGAAAUCAGCAAGUCAAAUGGUAUUUUUAAAGCUGAUGUGGUAUGCUGAGCUAGAAGCUCUGAAACAAGCAGUUUGCUUCUGUGUUGGUAUUCAUCGCUGGCCAUCAACAGCGAGGAGAGGAUUUCCAUCUUCUGCUGGCUGGGAAAUUUUUCAGAUGAUGCCUGAGGCACAGCUGGCUGUCACUUGCUGCUGUGCUGCUCUAUUAGCUGUGCAAUGCUGACAACAAUAAAAACAGGGUGUCAGUUUGCUAAUCAAAUAUGAAUAAAAAAGAAAUAUAGAGAAUAUCUAUAUGGCAUCAGGUUGCAAUUUUUAGUGACUUAUGAAACAGAGAGUCUCCACCUAUAAAUACACAGUCAUUCUUCCUAAAUGGGGAGUCAGCUUACAGUGUUGCAUACUUUAUGUAUAGAAGUAAAUCAGAAAAUGGGUAUUUGGUGACAUUAGAGAGCUAUGUUAUGCUGAACAAUAGAAAUAAAAUUUUGAAUAUUCAUUAGCCUGGCAGAGCAGCUAAAGCGAUUUGCAAAAAAUAAAAGGUCAAGGAAACAAAACACUAUGUGAAUUGUAUUUCUCUUGAGAAUGGUAUGUCAGCAGAAUUGUUAAGACUUGGUUUAAGUUACUUAUUCUUGUAGUCAACUCUUUUAUCAUUCAUUAGAAAUUCAUAUUUAUAUGGAAUUGUUCCUGCUUUUUGAUAUACGACAAACUUUAGUGUGAUUUUGCAGCUUUGUUCUAAGCAAUGCAAUCAAAGACCCAAAAUUAUCAGAAUGCAAUUAUAUUUUUUUUUUUUAUAAAAACUAAAAUUUGUAAGGCAGGGAGAGUAAGUCAUGAACUAAACAGUGCCAGCACACGUUUUUCAAAGCAUAUGUUGGAGACUGUUACAUGCAGUGUGAUAUAGGGGUGAAAAGAUGCUACAUGCUGUCUUGUCACCUUUAAAGUUUAUAUUCAUUUUUAGCACAGCAUGAUCCCCUCACUGUUCUUUCUUCCUGUAGUCAACAUUUUUCUGGGGAAAGGAAAGGGCUUUUAAGGACUUGAAUUUCUCAAGCUGUUCCAACGUUCAGGUUGGAAGUCCACAUGUUCCCAUUAUAGAAAUAAAAAAUUCUAUAAAGAAUGCUGUAAUUCUUGCUAACACAAGUAUAAAUGUAAACAACACAGAGCAUAUUCAUGCAUACAUACAAGAACAAAUGGGUGCCUUGCUUUUCAUUACUCUUUCUUGCUUGGCUAUCUUCAUUUUUUAAACAAAGCUACGUUCAGGUACUGCAGUUGUAAUUUUUCAUUAUGGAACAUUAGCAUUUAGUCUUGAUGAAACAGGGUUUUCUUGAUUACAUUUGACAUAAAAUAAACUACUUCAGCAGACUGGGAUUUGACAGAGAAUCACCUCCCAUGGAUUAUGUUUUUGACAAAUGUGUCCCUGCCGAGUGUUUCUCGGGAUGUGGAAGGUCUCCAAUACCUGGGAAAGGUAAUAAUUCUAGUUUUUAUAGUACAGUGACUGCAUCUCAUCUUGUAUGAUGAAAAAAAAUUACAAAUACAGAGGUCUUUGGCAGAAGGUGGUACAGGGUAUAAAAUCAUAGAUUUUUAUUAAGUUAAUUAAUACUCCAUUUAAAAAUAGAAUAUGCUUUAGUUAGUAAAUGUUUAAAUAAGAUACUGAAACAGACAGAAGAUGCUGUUGAAAGAAGUCCUCCAAACUGAUGUGCUGGCAAGUGCAAAGUACUAGUGAGCUAUAGAAGAUUAAACCAUUUUGCAAUGCUUUAGUGAUUUUCUCCAGCUUUAUGCCAUAGGAACCCCAUCUCUCCUUUGGAAAGAAAACCUGAAAGCUCUAUUUCCUAAACUGCCUGCACUACAACAGUAUAUUCAAAGGAAUUUCAUAUGCUUCUUGUGUCUGAUAAAUAGAAUUUGCAUAUUGUACUUCAGUUGUAAUCCAGUUGUUGUUGACAUUUGUUUAAUUAUUAUUAUUUUAGGGGGGAAAAAUAAGCUAUACUGUAGCAUUUCAAUUGUGUAUUUAAUAUUACUAUUAGAAAUUGCUAGACCAUUGGGAGACAGCAAUGACUGUAUUGACAUUGAUUAGCAUGAUGUGGAAAAUCUCUCAGCUGUUGGUUUUUGCAGUGUGAUAUAAAAAGCAAAAAUGAACCGCUGUGCAGUUUGGCUUAUGUUUGCUUUAAAGUGUGUAAAGUUUUAGUUAUUUUGCAAAACUGUACUGUAUUUGAGGGUAUACAGUUGUGAAGGUAACAAUUGUUUUUCAAAGGACAGAUAAACUUACUCUUGGAUCAUAUGAUGUAUCAUCUUAAUUUGGCUUUUGUUAUGCAGAAAGUUAACACCAGCUAUUAAAAUAUAUUUUAGUAGAAAUGCUUUAAUUCCUGUUUCUUCCUCUACACUGUGAAUAUUUAAGCUUUGGUGGACUAGAGCAACAUCAUGCUGCCCAAAGUACUAACCUAUGCAACCUAGUUCACAUUUUAGUUGAUGUCACAGUGGAUGUAACAUAACAAUUUAUUUUGCAUAACAUUAAACUUCAUUCAAAUAAAAUAUUAAACCCAGCACUAUGUAUGUAUUAUAUUAAUAAACAACACUCUUUAAAGCUACCAUACCUAUUAGUAUAAGCUCUCGAAUGUGGAUAUUGCUUUAACUAAGGAAGCUUUGAAUUUUCAGUCCUAAGUAGAAUAUUUAGCAUUAUUUGUCAAGCUUGACCCCAGAAAACAGUUUCCUAAACCACUGUUUUAUUGCAGACAUGCCCCCUCCUUAAAAGCUUUGCCCUUUUCAGUAUGCAUUUGUAACCCUCCAACAGAACACCAAGUUACAUUCCAUGACCCUUGGUUUGUUUAAAUAAGCAAAUAGAGUAAGUGAAGGAGGUUCACUGUUUUAGUUGAUACUGGUUUGCUUGUCUUUGAGUGGGAAUUGGUUCGGUGUGCUCUCAGUGCAGCACUAAUAAAAAAGAUUGCAUUGCUGACUUCUUUUUAUAUACAAAUGUCAUCUUUAUUCAUUUACACAGGUAAAUUAG